AUGGCGGAAGGUGGUGAGGUGAGCCUUGAUGAUGAGAAAUCUACAGACGUUGCAGAGGAACGUCAGGUCAGAUCCGGUGACCAAAAGCUGAAUUUAGCUGAUGAUUUUCAGGCAGGUGAGGAAAACGUUCUGGCCGUUUCACCGUCAGAUGGUACAUCGCAAUUUGAUGAUGCAACCCUAAAAGCAAUGGUGGAGGUGUACUUGAAAGAAGGUGACAACAAGUACAGCAAAGGAAAAACCAACGAUGCAGUACACUUUUACUCGAAGGGACUGCAAGUGUACUGCAAAGAUAUCAAACUAAACGCCGAACUCUAUAGCAAAAGAGCAGCGGCUCAGCUUCUUCUUGGAAAUUUUCAAGAAGCUUUGGAUGAUGCUACAGUGUCUGUUCAAUUGGCACCAACUUUCAUCGAAGCAAUAGAAAUCGGGGCCAGCGCAUGUGUAGAGCAACAACUGUAUCAAGAAGCCAUUACCUGGUGUCAGAAAGGAUUGGCAGUUAACAGUACCAAUAAGAAGUUACUUGAUUUGUGGAGCGAGUGUGAUAAUGAACUAACUGAUGGCACAGAUGAAACGAGAAUUCAUUUCGAGAAUAUACAUAUCAACGAACAGCUACCUCAAAGACCUGUUCAAAAGAUCCUGAAAGAAUUCGAAAGAGCCAUCCAGCAUCAUAAACGUCAUCAAAAAUUUGCCAAAGAAGUGGGAGAAAGGGCUGAAGAGGGAAACAGUUACUGCAAUCUAGGCAAUGCUUAUCAUAACCUGAGAGAUUUCAAAAGAGCCAUCCAGUAUCAUGAACGUCAUCUAAAAAUUGCCAAAGAAGUGGGGGACAAGGCUGGAGAGGGAAACAGUUACUGCAAUCUCGGCAAUGCUUAUCAUAGCCAAGGAGAUUUCGAAAGAGCCAUCCAGUAUUAUGAACGUCAUCUAAAAAUUGCUAAAGAAGUGGGAGACAAGUCUGGAGAGGGAAAGAGUUAUUGCAAUCUCGGCAAUGCUUAUGAGAGCCUAGAAGAUUUCGAAAGAGCCAUCCAGUAUCAUAAACGUCAUUUAAAAUUGACCAAAGAAAUGGGAGACAAGGCGGGAGAGGGAAACAGUUACUGCAAUCUCGGCAAUGCUUCUAAUGGCCUAGGAGAUUUCGAAAGAGCCAUCCAGUAUCAUGAACGUCAUCUAGAAAUUGCCCAAGAGGUGGGAGACAAGGCUGGAGAGGGAAAGAGUUACCGCAAUCUCGGCAAUGCUUAUCAUAACCUGGGAGAUUUCGAAAGAGCCAUCCAGUAUCAUAAACAUCAUCAAAAAUUUGCCAAAGAAGUGGGAGAAAGGGCUGAAGAGGGAAACAGUUACUGCAAUCUAGGCAAUGCUUAUCAUAACCUGGGAGAUUUCAAAAGAGCCAUCCAGUAUCAUGAACGUCAUCUAAAAAUUGCCAAAGAAGUGGGGGACAAGGCUGGAGAGGGAAACAGUUACUGCAAUCUCGGCAAUGCUUAUGAUAGCCUAGCAGAUUUCAAAAGAGCCAUCCAGUAUCAUGAACGUCAUCUAAAAAUUGCCAGAGAAGUGGGAGACAAGGCUGGAGAGGAAAAGAGUUACUGCAAUCUCGGCAAUGCUUACCAUAACCUGGGAGACUUCGAAAGAGCCAUCCACUAUCACAAAUGUGAUCUAAAAAUUGCCAAACAAGUGGGAGACAAGGAUGGAGAGGGAAUCAGUUACAGUAACCUCGGCAAUGCUUAUCAUAGCCUGGGAAAUUUCAAAAGAGCCAUCCGAUAUCAUCAACGUGGUCUUGAAAUUGCCCAAGAAGUGAAGGACAGGGCUGGAGAGGGAAAGAGAUACGGCAAUCUCGGCGUUGUUUAUCAUAGCCGAGGAGAUUUCGAAAGAGCCAUCCAGUGUCACGAAAUUGAUCAAAAAAUUGCCAUAGAGGUAGGUGACAAGGUUGCAGAGGGAAUCAGUUACUGCAAUCUCGGCAAUGCUUAUCAUUGCCGAGGAGAUUUCGAAAGAGCCAUGCAGUAUCACGAACGUGAUCUAAAAAUUGCUAAAGAAGUGGGAGACAAGGCUGGAGAGGGAAACAGUUACUGCAAUCUCGGCAAUGCUUAUCAUAGCCAAGGAGAUUUCGAAAGAGCCAUCCAGUAUCAUGAACGUCAUCUAAAAAUUGCUAAAGAAUUGGGAGACAAGGCUGGAGAGGGAAGGAGUUACGGCAAUCUCGGCAAUGCUUAUCAUUGCCGAGGAGAUUUCGAAAGAGCCAUGCAGUAUCACGAACGUGAUCUAAAAAUUGCUAAAGAAGUGGGAGACAAGGCUGGAGAGGGAAGUAGUUACUGCAAUCUCGGCAAUGCUUAUCAUCGCCUAGCAUAUUUCGAAAGAGCCAUCCAGUAUCAUGAACGUCAUCUAAAAAUUGCUAUAGAAGUGGGAGACAAGGCUGGAGAGGGAAAGGGUUACUGCAAUCUCGGCAAUGCUUAUCACAGCCUAGGAGAUUUCGAAAGAGCCAUCCAGUAUCAUGAACGUCAUCUAAAAAUUGUCAAGGAAGUGGGAGACAAGGCUGGAGAGGGAACCAGUUACUGCAAUCUCGGCAAUGCUUAUGACAGCCUAGAAGAUUUCGAAAGCGCCAUCCAGUAUCAUGAACGUCAUUUAAAAAUUACCAAAGAAGUUGAAGACAAGGCUGGAGAGGGAAGGAGUUACUGCAAUCUCGGCAAUGCUUAUCAUAACCUGGGAGAUUUCAAAAGAGCCAUCCAGUAUCAUGAACGUCAUCUAAAAAUUGCCAAAGAAGUGGGAGACAAGGCUGGAGAGGGAAAGAGUUACUGCAAUCUCGGGAAUGCUUAUCAUAGCCUAAAAGAUUGCAAAAAAGCCAUUCACUAUUAUGAACGUAGUCUAGAAAUUGCCCAAGAAGUUGGAAACAAGGCUGAAGAGGGAAAGAAUUACGGCAAUCUCGGCAAUGUGUAUUGGGAGCUGAAAGAUCUAGAAAGAGCUGUCAACCUGUAUCGUUCUUGUGUGGUAAUUUUUGACGCUAUCCGAGCCAAUCUGCGGUUCAGAGAUGAUUGCAAGAUUAGCUUCCGCGACAUGCAAAGAAACGCAUAUAUUUGUUUGUGGCGUCUUCGUUUACAACAAAAACAAAUUUUAAAUGCGCUUCUAUCUGCUGAACAGGGACGUGCACAGGCUCUUAAUGAUCUCAUUUGUUAUAGGUAUGGGUUGGAAGAAAUACAGCCUCGGCCUCACACUCAAGGGGAGUCUGAUUUUGAGGUCCUUCAAAGCGGUGCUGUUUCAAAUACAGUUUUUAUGGCUGUGGAUAACAAGGAACGCAAGAUAUUGCACUGGUUUAUUAACAGCUUCCAAGACAUUCAAUUGAGAAGUAUUGAAAUAAGUAAUUAUAGCUCGUUCGAAGACGUCGAUACCUUUAUUGCACGCUUAAUGAACACAGUAUCAAGAGAGUUUAAAAGAGGUGUUACUAAAUGCGAAGAUCGCUCUCUUGAUGAGCCCUGCACAGAAGAAUUGGUGAAGAAAAGGUCAGGUCGUGCUUAUUUCUCUCCUGAAUGCUCCCCGAAAGCUGCUUUACGGACGUUGUAUGACGUUAUCAUUAAGCCGAUUGGUGAUCUCAUCAAUGGCAAUGAACUUAUCUUUGUUCCCGAGAGUUCAUUGUGGUCAAUCCCUUUUGCUGCAUUAAUGGCUUCCGAGUCAAAUUAUUUGUGCGACUCUUUCCGAGUUCGAACGAUUCCAUCCCUGACUACUUUGAAGUUGAUAAACGAUUACUCAGACGACUUCCACGAUAAGAAAAGUGCUUUACUCGUGGGUGAUCCAUGUUUGGAGGGGGUUCUUUUCGAGGAGAGGACGCUCGAUCCAUUGCCAUGUGCGAGAAAAGAAGUAGUGAUCAUCGGGAGAAUCCUUGGCGCUGAUCCGCUUAUAGGUGAAGAAGCAAAAAAAGAUGAAGUGUUGAGGCGACUUCCCUCUGUUGCCUUGGUGCACUUUGCUGCACAUGGCCGAAUGGAAACAGGCGAAAUUGCCUUAGCGCCACGAAGUACUUGCUCAUCACAGCCCUUUGUUGAAGAGGAUUUUAUUCUAACAAUGAAAGAUGUGCUGGAUAUUCGGAUACGGGCAAGGCUGGUUGUGUUAAGUUGUUGCCACAGUGGUCGUGGGGAGAUUAAGGCUGAGGGAGUUGUUGGAAUUGCAAGAGCGUUUUUGGGUGCCGGUGCUCGCUCUGUUCUCGUGUCUCUGUGGGCGAUUUAUGACGAGGCUACUCUUGCGUUUAUGAAACAUUUUUAUAAAGAAUUGGUUACUGGGAAGCUUGCAAGUGAAGCUCUUAAGCAAGCUAUGAAGAGCAUGAAAGAGUCUAAAGAGUUCAGCGAUGUGAAGUACUGGGCACCCUUUGUACUCAUUGGGGAUGACGUCAGACUGGAAUUAAAUUGA